GCUGCAUGACUGCCACGUAUCACCCUCUCCCUCUCUCCCUCUCCUCUACUUAAACCUCCUCUCUCUCCACGUACUUCACAUGCACUCUCGCUGAUUUCAGAAUAGAGUAGCAGUUGUUACAACACAAGAAGAAGAAGAGCAGAUCAGAGAAGAGUUUUUAGAGAGAGAGAAGGAAAUUAGUUGAAGAUGGCAAGGAGAAAGGGUGUAGUGCUGCUGGUGCUGUUGAUGAUGUGCUAUGCAGUGGCAAUGGUGGGUGGUUCUGAUGGUGGGAGGGGGAGGAGAGAGAAGGAAGAAGAGGGGGGUGAAAGGGGGAGGAGAGAGAGAGAGGAGGAGGAGGAGGAGGGAGAAGAAGAAGGGUAUGACGAACGCGGUGGUGGUGGAGGGAGGAGGAGAGAGAGGGAAGAGAUGUUCUUGAUGCAUGAGAUGAAGACCGUGGUGAGGACUGAUGCAGGGGACAUGAAGGUGGUCAAGGGUUUCGAUUUUGGAGGAAUAGGAGGGGCAGUUUCGGAAAAACAAAUUCAUCUUGGGUUUAUCACCAUGGAACCUAAGAGUUUGUUCAUCCCUCAGUACCUUGAUUCCAAUUUGAUCAUCUUCGUUCGCAGAGGGGAAGCGAAAGUGGGAUCAAUCUACAAAGAGGAUUUUGAGGAGAAAAAAUUGAAGGGUGGAGAUGUGUACAGAAUCGGAGCCGGUUCCGCGUUCUACUUGAGGAAUACCGGGGAGGGCCAAAGGCUUCAUAUCAUUUGCAGUAUUGACAAGCCUGAUGGCUUCGGAUGGGGCCGUUUCCAGUCUUUCUUCAUCGGUGGAGGAACGAAUCCCAUGUCUGUACUUUCUGGUUUCGACACUAUGACUCUUGCAACCGCCUUCAAUGUGUCAACAUCAGAGGUGAGAGACAUCUUGACCCGGCAACGUUCUGGCCCAAUUGUGUUCUUGUCGGAGGAUUUGCACCCCCCAAACAUAUGGGCGCAAUUCAUGCGACUGAAACAGCAUGAAAAACUACAGCACCUAAAUCGAAUAGUGGAUUUGCAAGAAGCAGCCACUAAAGAAGAAGAGGAGGAACCAACAUGGUUGUUGACCAAGCUAUUCAAAUCUGUAUUUGGAAAGGAACCAAAUGGAGAAGACAACCGAAGGAAGGCACCGGACUCUUACAACCUCUAUGACAGGAAACCAGACUUCGGGAACAACUAUGGCUGGAGCACGGCCAUUGACAAAUCCGAUUACUGGCCUCUCGGCCACUCCGAUGUUGGCCUUUAUCUGGUCAACCUCACCGCGGGAUCGAUGAUGGCGCCGCAUAUAAAUCCAAGGGCCACCGAGUAUGGUAUCGUAUUGAGAGGAUCAGGCACAGUUCAGGUAGUGUUUCCCAAUGGGACCUCAGCAAUGAAAGCGAAGGUGAGCGAAGGAGAUGUGUUCUGGGUUCCCAGGUACUACCCAUUCUGCCAAAUAGCAUCUCGAACGGCCCCCUUCGAGUUCUUUGGGUUCAGCACGUCGGCACGCAAGAACCGGCCACAGUUCCUUGUAGGAAGGAGCUCUAUUCUGCAGAGCAUGAAGGGUCCAGAGUUUGCUGCCACCUUUGGGGUAAGCGAGGAGAAGCUGAGGAGAUUCGUGGAUGCUCAACAGGAGUCGUUGAUACUGCCCUCCGCCUCUGCGGCACCACCGGAGGAUGGGGAGGUGAAGAGUGAGAGGAGGAGGAGGAGGAUAGAGAGGGUGGUUGGGAGGUUUGGAAAGGGAAUGAUCAUGGACUUCGAUUAGGAGAAUUGAUCAUAGAGGAGGAUCGGGUGGAAGCCAGAAACCGUUUAGGACACGGUUUGUGAGUGUGUUCAACUUUUGGUUUUGGUUAGUGUUUUGUUUUCUUUGGCUUGUGUCAAAUGUUUUUUGUUAUUUCAUUUUGAGUUCUGAGAUCAUGUGUGAAUAAGAUGACUCGUUUUGUAUUUGUUCCCCAUAAUACUAUAGCAGUUUUUCCUUC